AUGGGAAAUCCAACUUCCAUCGCAAACUCUAAUAUUUUUCAACCCAAACAUCCAUUCCCCAUCAUUCUUAAGUUUGAAGAUGUAGUUUACAAAAUCGGAACAACCUCCGAAAAAACCAUACUUAAUCGCCUCACCGGGAUGAUCUCUCCCGGUGAGCUUCUCGCCAUGCUAGGUCCUUCCGGUAGCGGCAAAACCACCCUCCUAACCGCCUUAGGCGGCCGUCUUCACGGAAAUCUCACCGGAAAAAUCACAUACAACGGCCAACUUUAUUCCGGGUCAAUAAAGAGACGAAUCGGAUUCGUAGCUCAAUUUGAUGUUCUUUACCCACAUUUAACCGUAUUUGAAACCCUCUUAUUCACAGCCCUCCUUAGACUACCCGAAUCCAUGACCCGACCCGAGAAAACCCAACAUGUGGAACAAGUUAUUAAUGAACUAGGAUUGAACCGGGUACGGUCAACUAUGAUUGGUGGACCGCUUUUUCGAGGGAUUUCUGGUGGGGAGAAGAAAAGAGUGAGUUUAGGGCAAGAAAUGCUUAUAAACCCUAGUUUGUUGCUUUUGGAUGAGCCGACUUCGGGUCUUGACUCGACGACGGCUCAACGGAUUAUGACGACAUUGAAACGGUUGGCGAGCGGUGGUCGGACGGUUGUUACAACCAUACAUCAACCUUCAAGUAGACUCUAUCAUAUGUUUGAUAAAGUUAUGCUUUUGUCGGAAGGAUGUCCGAUUUAUUAUGGAAGUGGAUCAAAUGCUCUUGAUUAUUUUUCUUCAAUUGGAUUCUCUACUUCACUAACGGUUAAUCCAUCGGAUCUUCUACUCGAUCUUGCAAAUGGGAUUGGACCAGAUUCCAAACAAGGAUUUGAGCAAGGGGAGAACUCAGAACAAGAGAAAAAGGAAGUGAGGGAUCUUCUUGUUUCUUCUUAUGAGAAGAACAUUUUAGUGACAUUGAAAGCUGAGCUUUCCAUUUCUGAUAAUAUUAUUAACCCUAAAGAUGCUUCCAUAAGAAGCAAAGGAAAAUGUGAGGAUCAAUGGUGCACAAGCUGGUGGCAUCAAUUCAAGGUGCUUGUAAUGAGAGGUAUUAGAGAAAGAAGAUUUGAAGCCUUUAAUAGAUUAAGAAUCUUCCAAGUCAUAAGUGUUGCUGUUCUUGGUGGAUUGCUAUGGUGGCAUACCCCAUCUUCCCACCUUCAAGAUCGCACUGCCAUGUUAUUCUUCUUCUCCGUCUUUUGGGGAUUUUACCCGUUAUACAAUGCUGUCUUCACCUUCCCACAAGAACGCGCCAUCCUUGUCAAAGAGCGUUCCUCGGGAAUGUAUAGACUCUCCUCUUACUUCCUAGCCAAGAGCGUCGGCGAUCUCCCACUUGAACUCGCCCUCCCAACCGCUUUCACCCUCAUUCUAUACUUCAUGGGGGGUCUAAAUCCUAAACCACAAGCUUUUUGUUUAUCUCUCGUUGUCAUUCUAUUCAAUGUCCUAGUUUCGCAGAGCCUAGGUCUCGCGUUUGGGGCCAUCUUGAUGGAUGUCAAGAAAGCAACCACCUUGGGGUCGGUCACGACACUCGUGUUCCUCAUCGCUGGAGGUUAUUAUGUUCAAAAGAUACCUCCUUUCAUUGCUUGGUUGAAGUAUUUGAGUUAUAGUUAUUAUUGUUAUAAGUUACUUCUCGGAGUUCAAUACGGGGAAAAUGACUAUUAUGAAUGUUCCGAGGGGGUAUAUUGUCGGGUGGCGGAUUUUCCGGCAGUUAAAUCGGUUGGUUUGGAUGGUUUUUGGGUCGAUGUGGUGGUGAUGGCGGCAAUGCUGGUUGGGUAUCGGCUCAUAGCUUAUUUGGCGCUUCAAAGGGUGCGUUAAAUAUUGCAGAUGAGAUUAAAAAACCAUAAUAACUAUAAUUUGAAGCAUAAAAUUGUGGCAUCAAAUGAUGUAACACUUAGUUACAAAUUGAGGAUGACAAUUAAGACAUAGAGUUUUGUAUUUCCUCAAUUGAAGGAAUAAAGGAAAGAAAAGUAAUGAAAGUUAUAGAUGUGAUAAACAAAUUACUAUUUUAGUAUUAUUUAUGAUUUUGAGGUA